CUCUCUCUUUUUUCUUUACUUUGUUCACUCUUUUUCUCAGACAAAAUGGGAUUAUUUUCAAAAUUUAAUAAAUCACCUAAUACCAGUAAUAGUGCACCACCACCUUACAGUGCAAGCAAUAAUAUGAGCACAAGCUACGCACCACCAUCACCUCCUCAGCAACACGAUAAUCCUGAUAAAAGACCAUUACCUCAGGGAUGGAUAUCACAAUAUGAUCCUAAUUCGAAAAAAUUCUUUUAUGUCUAUACGCCUACCGCAUUACGCCAAUGGGAGCAUCCAGCCGAUAAACCAUUGAAUACAAGAGGAGAGAGUAACUCUUACUAUCAGCAGCCACAACACCAACAACCAUAUCAACAAUCUCAACAGUAUCCAUACCAAUCAUCGCCGUAUCAACAACAGCAACCUAUCAUGAUGCAGCAACAACCUCGCUAUGGUAUGAGUGGUGGAGGAGGAUAUGGUAAAAUGGCUGCUGCGGGUCUUGGUGGAGGUCUUUUAGGCUUUAUGCUUGGUGAUGCUAUUGGUGAUGCUAGCCAUCCAGACAUUAUUGAAAAUAACUACUAUGGCAAUGACUAUAAUGAUUACGGUGGUGGUGGAUUUGAUGGCGGAUUUGAUGACAACUUUGAUCAAAUAGGAUUCUAAGCUCUGUGCAUGCGUGUGUAUAUAAUUAUUGUAUUAGAAAAUAAAAUGCAC